UGUUGUAUUUGUUAAAAAUUACCAACCAUAAAAAGGGAAUUUAAUAAAAAUAAUAUAAAAGAAUGGCGGCUCUAUGGAUACGAAAGAUUAUACCAUUAAAAGUUGCAGAUGUCAGGUUUUGUAGUAGCAAUCUUCAUAAAUGUACUUUAAUCCCUGGGGAUGGUAUUGGUCCUGAAAUUUCUGUAGCUGUACAAAAAAUUUUUGAAGCGGCUAAAGUACCUAUAGAUUGGGAAUCAGUAGAUGUUACACCUGUUAAAGGGUCAGAUGGUAAAUUUGGUAUACCUCAAGCAGCCAUUGACUCAAUUAACAAAAACAAAAUUGGUUUAAAAGGACCACUUAUGACUCCAAUUGGAAAAGGGCAUAGAUCCUUAAAUCUGGCAUUAAGAAAGGAAUUCAAUCUAUAUGCUAAUGUUCGACCAUGUCGGUCUUUAGAAGGUUAUAAAACUCUUUAUGAUAAUGUUGAUGUUAUCACAAUUAGAGAAAAUACUGAGGGAGAAUAUUCCGGUAUUGAACACGAAAUUGUUGAAGGAGUUGUACAGUCUAUUAAGCUUAUUACAGAAGAGGCCUCAAGUAGAGUAGCAGAAUUUGCUUUUCAAUAUGCUAAAGAUAAUAAUAGAAAAAAGGUAACUGCUGUACAUAAAGCAAAUAUAAUGAGAAUGUCAGAUGGUUUAUUUUUGAGAUGCUGUAGAGAAGCAGCUCAAAAAUAUCCAAGUGUAAAAUUUGAAGAACGAUAUUUAGACACAGUUUGUUUAAAUAUGGUGCAAGAACCAAGUCAAUAUGAUGUUCUUGUAAUGCCCAAUUUAUAUGGUGAUAUUUUGUCUGAUAUGUGUGCUGGUUUAGUAGGAGGUUUGGGACUUACACCAAGUGGAAACAUUGGUUUGAAAGGUGCUCUUUUCGAAUCUGUUCAUGGUACUGCACCAGAUAUUGCUGGGCAAGAUAGAGCUAAUCCUACAGCUUUAUUAUUAUCCGCAGUUAUGAUGUUAAAAUAUAUGGGUCUAAAUGAUCAUGCCACGAUCAUUGAAACUUCUGCUUAUGACACAAUUAAAGAAGCUAAAUACUUAACAGGCGAUUUAGGUGGUACUGCAAAAUGCAGUGAAUAUACAAGUGAAAUAUGCAGCAAAAUUGUUAUGCAAAUAAAAUAAUAAACUUAUUUUUAUCUAAAUUAAAAUUGUUAAUAUGCAUAGAAAUUUUGGUUUUAAUAGAUGAGUAAAACCUGCUUAUCUGAGGAUUUGUUUUUACAGUGUUGAAUAAUUUGUAUGCGAGAGUGUAAUUUUAAUAUUAAAGUAAGUUUAAGUAUA